UGUCAUGUCUCGAGCCUCCUUCCUCAUCGACCAUCGCUCAUUAAGUAGUCAAUCAUCAUCGGCUUUUCUGUCCACGAUCUUGCCGCUUGCCCUAGUUUAUGGUGGAUCCUUUUCUUCUAUGUCCAUACAACUUUCAGAUCUGUUAUUUAGAUGAAAAUUAUUUAAAUUUGGGACAGCCUAUCAUCAUUGAACUCCUUAAAUAGUCUCAAUUAGAUCUGGACAGUGGUUAAACCGAAGUGAUAAUCAGCUAUGACUCGUAAUUGGUUUGAUGAUUUGAAGGGUGCUGCUAGUUGUGGGGGUUAUAAAUUGAAGUUGGUGCGUGAUAAAAAAGAAAUCAAAGACACACUUGUGAAAAAUGCAAGAAUAUUUUCAUUGGAAGAGUUGCGAAAGGCAACAAAUCACUUCAGCACAAACUUAGGCAUGGGUGGGUAUUCAUCCUCAUACAGGGGCACGUUAGAAAAUGGAUUGGAGGUGACAAUUAAGGCUCUAAGACAUAGGGAGAAGGGUCGAAAUCAGAAACAGGAUUUAUAUUUAACAUCAUGGGUUGAUAAGAUGUCCACAAUUAGGCAUCGAAAUAUAGCUCAAUAUAUUGGAUGUUGUCUUGAGGGUGAUCAUUGGUUCAUCGUUUACGAGUUUCUUGGAGGUUAUAGGCUUGAACAAUUUUUGUUCACUAGAGAUGAUGGGACAAAACUAUUUCAGUUAAGCUGGCCUACGAGAGCUUCCAUAUGCAUUGGCAUUGCUCGUGGUCUUGAAUAUCUUCAUGAGGGUAUUAGUCCCUCUGUUGUACAUUGUAACAUCAAUCCUAGUAACAUAAUUAUUGACCAUAACUUCAAUCCAAAAAUUGUAGAUUUUGAGAUAGAGAAGUUGUUUGACGAUGAUGUACGGUAUUACUAUGAUACUAUCACUAAAGUAGAUACUAUCGGUAAAACAUUAGACUACUUAGAUCCCGAUUAUGUAACUACAGGAAAAUACUCAGAGAAGGGAGAUGUUUAUGGUUUUGGGCUUCUUCUCCUUGAAGUCAUCACUGGCAGAAAAUUUCAUGAGGUUUUGAGAGAUGACAAUGGAGUAACGGUGAUGAAGUCGGUUUGGGAACGUCGAGAGCCUGACAGGGUUCUAAAGAUGGUUGACCAUACUUUAUCUGACUUUCCAGAAGAUGAAGUGAAGCGAUUCGUUGAUGUUGCUCUGGCUUGCAUCCAAUUCCCUUCUAACAAUCGACCAAGUAUGUCUGAAGUUUUGUGUAUGCUCUUGGGGCCAUAUGAGUUCGAUAAUAAGGUACUGAGGAAUCCAGAGCAUCCUUUUUGGUCCAGCAAUCAUAAUGAAGUUGAUUUUCCUAGUGAAGGCAAAGCGGAGAUAAGUUUGGCUAGCAGUGAUGCAAUUCCUCAAAUCCCUGUAUCAAGUAGGAACAAGGAACUAUUGGAAGAAAGUAAUGAAUUACCGAAUAAGGCUACCCGUGGUUUUGAAAAAGAAAUUGAGAGUGAUUUGGAUACAUGUUCGAGGGCAUCAGAGUUAAUGGAGAUUUCACGUGUUCUAGAAACAGAACUAUACCGUUCGAUUGAGGAAAACAUCUCUAAACCUUCUGUAUCAAGACCAAGACUAACUGGUAAAAAUGUAGUAAAAGCUGAGCUUGUUAGGCGCUUAUCUCUAAGUACUAGUAUUGACAUCCCUUCAUCUCUCUGUACUGAUAUUCAUGUCGAUGAAGAAAUAGUUGAGGCUGUAAAAUUAACACAGAUGUCACAUGAUGUAGAAGCUGAACUUCAAAUGAGUGAACCUUCGCAAUCGGGGUGUUUGUUUGAUCGGACUGCAGUGGAUCCUGAUGAGCAAACUACAUCUGUAGCUUUUGAAAUAAUUGAUACAGAUUUCUUAACACAGCCGUCACAUGAUGUAGAAGUUGAACUACAAAUAAGUGAACCUCCUCAAUCUGAGAUUUUGUUUGAUCAGAUUGCAGUGGAUCCUGAUGUGCAAACUACAUCUGCAGCUUUUGGCAUUUUUAACCAGAAUGAAGAAGUCCACAGCAUUUCAUGUCAGGCAGGAAGUGGUAAUAUGAACGAGGUUCUUGCAAGACCUGUCCAAUGUACUGUCGAGAAAAUUGUGGAAGCUUUCAAGGAUCCUCAUCACAGAAGAAUCGGUCUCUACGGAAGAGGGGGUAGUGGUAAGACCACUGUCCUGAAAAACUUGUCCCAACAUGCUGCUGCCAAGGAGUUCUUUGACCAGCUUGUUUUUGUGACUGUCCCUAAAUUUGCAUAUCAGAAACAUGUGAGAGAUGAGAUUGCACAACAGUUGUCAUUGAAUGUACAAGUUGGAUCCUGCACAGAAGAUGAAAUUUGCAGUCUUAUACAUCAGGCCCUGAUAGACAGAAAACUUCUGUUACUUUUGGAUGAUGUUCAAGAAUCAAUUAACCUGCAUGAAAUUGGAGUUCCAAAUCCUGGACCAGAAGGAAAUUAUUGGGUGGUGUUGGCUACUAGGUGUUUAGAUGUUUGCCAUAGCUUGGCUGAUAGGGAGAUUGAAAUGGAGGUUCUCUCUGAUGCGGAGGCUUGGACAUUAUUCAGCAAUCAAGUGGAACAUACAAUUCAUUCUCCGGAUAUUGAACCAUAUGCUCGAGCUAUUAUCCAGGAAUGCUAUGGUUCACCAGUGAUAAUUUUGGCCAUUGGAAGUGCCUUAAGAGCAGAACGUAGUGUUGAAGAGUGGAAGCUUGCACUGAGAAAGAUUCAGUUUGAUGAUACAGCCAACAAGAAUGUACGAAAUCUUUUUAGUCAACAUGUAAAUUACUGUUAUGAUAGAUUGAAAGAUCGUGAUCUGAAGACUUGCUUCCUGUACACUGCAUUGUUUCAACAGGACAAAGAAAUUGAGAUCUCUGUGCUGUUGGAGUGCUUUGUUGGUGAAGGCUUAGUUGGUGGGACGACAGUAGCUGCUUAUGAUAGGGGAUAUGAUAUUAUUCGACAUCUUGCAAAUGCGUCUUUGAUAGAGAUUAAUGACAAUGGUCUUGUGGUUAAAAUGCAUAACGUAGUGAAGGAUUCAGCAUUAGAAAUUCUUUUGUCAGACAUUGAAGGUUAUCGAGUUUUGGCAAGAUUACCAGAAUCAGAACUAGAUGAAGAUCAAUUCUUUCAAAAAAGUAUCCAGUUUCCAUGCAUUCACAAAUACUUUACUAGAGCUGGUGCUAAUUUGAAGGAACCCCCAUCAACGGAAGAAUGGGAGCAAGCCACUAUGAUCUUCUUAAUGGAUAAUAAGUUGUCAAGUCUCCCAAGUAAGCUAAGCUGUUCCAAUUUAGUAGCUCUGCUCCUCCAAAGAAAUUGCAGCUUAAGGGCGAUCCCAUCAUCAUUUUUUGACAGCAUGUCCACUCUAAGAGUUCUGAAUCUCUCCAGAACCAGAAUCAAGUCUUUGCCUGAUUCAUUUUCUAAGCUCAAAAGCCUCCAAAUUUUGCUUCUGCGUGAUUGUGAGCGCUUGUUUGUUCUUCCUCCUUCUAUUGGGCUUCUCAAACUUCUUGAAGUGCUUGAUCUUCAAGGUACUGAGGUUACCCAUUUGCCCGACAGUUUUGAUGGAUUAGCAAGCCUGAAGCAGUUGAGAAUAUCAUUUUACGGAUCCAUGAAUCACUCUGAAUACAAGAAGCUACCAUCAAAGCUGGUGACAGAUGGAAUAUUUUCGAGCCUUAAACUUAGAGAACUUGGCAUGUUUGUAUAUCCUGGAGAUCGACGUUGGACAUUGAAUGCUUCAGGUAUCACCAAAGAGAUCAGUAGCUUAAAGCUGUCUCUGCUCUAUUUUUGCUUUCCUAAUGUAGAUGAUCUCGAGUAUUUUGUGCAUGCAAGCCAAUCCUGGAAAGACAGAGGAUUGAGUAAAUUCAAGUUUAUUGUCGGGCAUGACUUCAAGCGCAUUGUACCUUUGGUUUCAAAUGAAGUGGAACUCUUCCAUAACGAAAGUCAGCAAUGUUUGAGAUUCGUUAAUGGGGAAAGCAUACCUCCUUCUUUGGUAGAGGUACUAACACGAGCUACAUCUUUUUACUUAGACCAUCAUCUCAGCAUCUGCUAUCUAUCUCAAUUUGGGAUUGAAUGCUUUAAUGACUUGAAGAUCUGCAUAAUACAAGAUUGUCCAGAGCUCGAAGGAAUUUUAGACUGUUGGGAACAAGGAAGAGAAUUUCUUCCUCAGGUCGAGUAUCUGAGCAUCAGUCACUUGUGGAAUUUGGAGGGUAUUUGGGGUUCUCGCGUUAAAACUGGAAGUUUUGCAAGGCUAAAAAUUUUAUCAGUGCAUGCAUGUCCAAAAUUGAGGUAUGUUCUUACAUGUUCUAUGAUUGAGAUUCUAUCUUGUUUGAAUGAGUUGGUAAUUGAAGAUUGUGCAUCCUUAAAAUACGUUGUUAUUAAACAUGAGGAUGUUAAGGAGAUUAUAGGCGAUACACGAAAUGAAGUUAUACAUGAGAGAAAGCCAGAUAAGUCGAUUGCGUGUGGGCAUCCUGUGCUACGUAACUUAAAAAAAUUGAAACUUCAUUAUCUACCAGAAAUGUGCGAAAUAUGGCGAGUUCGGUGGCCUCCAUUGGAAUACAUGAGUUUUUAUGAUUGUCCUAAACUCAGAAACCUUCAUAUGGAAGGAGAUGAUGGUAUGAAUAUCAAAGAAAUAGUAGCAGACAUUGCUUGGUGGGAUUCUUUGGAGUGGGAAGAACCUGUUUUGUCUAGCAGACUUAAGAAGUGUGUCACUCAAAUUCAAAAUGAUGAUCUGUAAAUUCUGCAAAUGUAAAAUAAUUAUAAUGAUUUUGUUAAUUCAAUAUUUUCAACAAUCCAAGAUAUUCACAGCAUUUUUAUAUAUUUACUGUAAAUGGAACCUUGUUAUUUUCUGUUUCCUAACUGUAAAAUUCACAAUAACAUUAUUCUUUCUGCAGUCUAGUCAAACUCUUGAAUA